GUUAUAAGAAUGGCGUUUGGGUGCGUUUCCCAGCAGCAGUUCCAGGAAGAAAUUCUACGAAUUCAGGCCUUUUCUCAGCAAAAUGACUCUUUUCCUUGGUCCGUCAGAUUUGUCCCGGGACUGCAAGAAGAUGGAUACUUAUGCUGCAGGAGGCCAAGGGAGUGGAAUGGUGAUAUUAGUCCAGAUAGGAUGGACAGCAAUAUUGAAGUCCCUGAAGAAGUGGGGAGUCAGAAAAUAGUUGAUGAAGAUUCAGCAGCCCUGGAUAUUCCUACGUCUGAAACGUGCAACUAUGAGUAUCACAUUGUCUACAGUGCAAGCUAUGGCGUCCCUGUGCUUUAUUUCAAUGCCUGUAAACAAGAUGGCCAGCUAUUGAGUCUUGAAGACAUCUGGAGGAAUGUGCCCCAAUACCACCAAGAUCGCUUGAGGCAUGAGAAAUGGACAUUUAUUACACAGCAGGAACAUCCACUUCUUGGCCGACCAUUCUUCCAGGUCCAUCCAUGUCACACUUCAACGUUGAUGAAGCAAGUUCCGGAGAAACCAAGAAAUUAUGUUGUCAGCUGGCUGAGUGUUGUUGGACCAGUUGUUGGUAUUGAUGUUCCAAUGUCAUAUAGUGAAAUAGGGUGAAAGGUUUGUGAUUCUGAAUGGACCAUUCAACAAAAACUGUCAGUAAUGGUUUCAGCUAAAAUAGAGAUCUAAUGCCGACCAUGGCUUUCCACUAAGUCUGUCGGAUAGGCCUGUGGUAUCAGUUAGAUGAAAUGAGCGGGAGAGCUCUCCCAGUCAGCAUGAAGAAUGAACAACUUGGCUUAAAGGGACCAUACAGGAAAUCAACAAUCUGAAAUCUCUGUCGGUCCUUCUUUUGCAUUUCAGUCCUUCUUUUGCAUUACCUCUUAGACUUAUGCGUGAAUCUAAGAGUCAGUCUUGUCAAUGCAUGCAACAAUGGCUUUGUUUGGGUGGCCAUCUAUACUGGAACUCUGCAACUAUACAUUGGUGAUGACCUUGAGUAUCUUGUGCCGUCAUGCAGUGUUGUAUUACAAUGUAAGAACUUAUUCUUGAAGGCAUGGUCUGCAGUAAUUUGCAUUUGAAUGGAUUUUCCAAUUCAAACUGUAAACCAAGUUAUUGCAGAAUUAUUCAUUUCGUCAUCGAAAUUGAAAAUAAAUCCAAUAAAUCCAAUAAAUAUUGAUACAUAUUAACGAAGUUGAGUCGUCUUGAUUCAUGUGCGCAUCAACUCGCGUAGUGCGUCGCCCGGCCUUAUUGAGCAAUCUGUGCCUUACACGUAUGUCAAUUUUAUAUCCACUAUCAGAUUGUGACAUAAUGAAGCUCAUAAACACCGCAUUAAGUAUUUAU